AUGAACAAGUAUCUGGUACGAGGCCUCGGCUUCUUCAACGACGCCUACGAUCUCUUCGUCAUGAAUAUCGUCAACGUCGUGCUUACGGAGCAAUACGGCAAGCACGUCUACACGUCGUACGUCAAGUCCUGGGUGUCGGCUGCUGCUAUCAUCGGUGCUGUGAUCGGUCAGCUCUUGUUUGGCUUCCUGGGUGACGUUUUCGGUCGCAAGGUCAACAUGAUCGCCACUUGUGUGCUCCUGAUCGUGGGUAGCAUCUUGUGUACAGUUGCGUAUGGAGGUAGCGGCAGUUCGACGCUGUGGUUCCUGGUCGUGGCCCGUAUCAUCCUCGGUAUCGGUAUUGGCGGCGAAUACCCACUUGCUGCUUCGUCAUCGGCUGAAGACUCGACCAACUCGGCUGAGCGUAACACUCGUGUGGCCACAACCUUCUCGCUACAAGGAGUGGGUCAGGUGGUGGCUGCCAUUCUGGGCAAUCUGCUCGUUGAGGCUUUAGCUGACGGUAAGCCCGGUGAGAACAGCGACUCUCGCCUUGAGACUGUGUGGCGUCUGCUUUUUGCUAUCGGCUGCAUCCCUGCCGUCGUGAUCUGCUACUACCGUAUAACUGCGGAGGAGACGGAGGCUUUCAGGGCGAUGCAAGAGCGUGCUAACGCCGUUUCUCAUGUGGGCGCGGCUAAGAAAGCUCGGUUAUCUUUCAUUCUCCGUCACUACUGGGUCAGUCUUCUUGGUACGGCCGGCACCUGGUUUCUCUUCGACAUCAUCUACUACGCCCAGAACCUCUUCUCGGCCAGUAUCCUGUCUGUUAUCGGAGUCAAGAACUCGUCACUGCAGCAGGUCACCACUAUGAACGCGUUCGUGGCGCUGCUGGCCUUACCUGGUUACUAUGUGGCUAUCUACUUUAUCAACAGUCUGGGUCGUAAGAAGAUGGCUCUGCAGGGUUUCUUUUUUAUGGGCGUGCUUUGCCUCAUCCUGGCUAUCUUCUGGGAUGACCUGCAAGACCAGACUGUUCUGUUCAUCGUCCUGUACGGCCUCACUCUGUUCUUCGCCAACUUCGGCCCCAACACGGCCACGUUCGUGCUACCGACCGAGAUGUACCCGACUCCGAUCCGAUCCACUUGCCACGGUAUCUCUGCGGCCUGUGGCAAGGGCGGAGCUGCUAUUGGAUCGUUCGGUUUCUCUAUCUGGGUGUCGAACGAAAGUUUUGGCUACGAUGGCGCCUUCUACACGUUCUGCGCCAUCGCGUUCGUGUCAAUUCCACUGACGUGGUUCUGCGUGUUCGACAACAACGUUCCUAUUGAGGAGACGGACGCUGAGUUCUACCGCAAGCUUCACGGUGAGGACGCUUUCACGCGUGACUCGUUUGCCUCGAAGGGAGCCGAUGCUGACAAGGAGUCGGGCUACAAGGUGUCGUCGACACCCAUCUUAUCCGCUAAAUAG